AUGAAUAGACGCCAGCUCACGGCUCGAGACCAUCUGGAGCUUCUACGCAGCUCGGCCUUUGAGUCUGAACAUGCUUGGCUCUACGAUCAAUCCUACUCGCAACACGCAGCAGCAGCACUGGCCCUCGGACAGGAAAUAGCACAAUCACUUGCAAGCAUAUCACCUGACGAGAACUCGGAUGAGCAGAUACGGAUCAUCAAGACGCAAAUCACCAUUCACAGAGAGAGGCAGAGAGCGUUACGGCCGCAUCUGGAGAGCGGGAGUGAUGUGCUGGACGAGUAUGGGAACGAGUGUGUCUUCACGGCCGCACCUAAUCAGUGGGGAGCCAACGGAGACCUGGAUGAGGACAGUGAGAGCUUGUCUGCAAUACACAACCUCCUAACCUGGCAGGCUUCGUACUCAUCAGCCUCAUGCAUACCCCUCUGCGACGAACUUCCAUGCCCGGACAUCCCCUACCACUCCAUGCUCGACCCCUCCCGCGCCCCAACGACAUACCACCUCCACCGCACACGCGAAUGGACCGGCACAUCCGGCUACAAAAAGUACGUCUACACGGCGCGCGACUACUCUGACAAAUACGCCCUGUACAUGCUCGAAACCGAGACGUCGCACAGAGACCACCAACCCAUCGCCGCAGACUUCUUCCGCGUCGCAGAGUUCCCCCAGCCCUGCAUCUCCAUCCUCCUCUCCAGCAGCGACCAGAAACAAUGCACCUCCCAGCCCUCAAAAGACGCAGGCUACAAAUCCCGCUGCAUCCACAUCCGCGGGCCCUUCUGCCAGCCCAUAAAAGAGUACCCGGACCGCCAGCGCAAGAUCCCCUGGUCGCCGCGCCGCUUCACAUACGGCGGCCGCCGCUUUGUGUGGAAAUCAAGCGAUGCACAUGAUGAUACGAUGAUAGAGACACUAUACGAGUUCCAGCGGGACUGGGCGAAGCCGGGGAGCAGAACGGGCAAGCGGUGCGACGACGCGCGACCGAUGACUAAGUUGGUCUGGGGUGAGAAGAAGAGAAAAGGCAUGGUGGACAGUUAUAAAAUUCACUUCAUGGGUGGUAUGGAUCAGGUGUUUCGCGAGAUUCUGCUCGCGAGUCAGAUGGUCAGGCAGGUUUGCUUGUUUACGGCUAUGGCUUGA